AAAAAAAAAACAGUAUUCAACUUCACCCCAUAUUACUGAAAAACUCAUGGGAAACACUCUCAAUGACGCAAACUGCUUAGCGUUUGAGAAAAAAAAAGAAGACAAAAAGGCAGUGGUUUCCCUGUUUUGUACUAUUAUCUGCUAUCCUCAAAAUCCCCAAACGGCUGUUCCAAACAAAAAGAAGAACAGCUAGAAACACGGUUUCUUGAGAAAAAAGAAGCAUGGAGAACAAUAUGAGCAUGGCGGAGGCACAGCUGACGCCACCGGCAGCGGCGGCGGUACAAUUAACAGACCUAGUCUAUUCAUUAGAGCAAGCAACCCAGAUGGCAAAACAACUACCCGUCACGUCAGACCCAACCUACCUCUUCCAAAUCCAUUCAUCUCUCCAUCGAGCCCAUCAUUCUCUCUCCUCUUUCCUCUCCGCCGCCCAUCCCCAGCAUCUUCCGCCGCCGGUUGCGGCCGCGAACUCUCUCUCCUCUGCCACUGGAGCUGCCAACGAGAACGGCAGCGACCCGAUGCAGGUGGGCGAUGAGAAUGAAGCGGAGGCGGAGGAGAAUUCCAAGACGUCGAUUGAUAAGGUGGAGGAGAGGAUGAGGGAAUGUUUUUUUAUCAAGAACAAGAGGGUAAAGAGGCAGCUCUCGCCGUCGUCCGCGGCGUUGGCGGAGGAGAGGAGGGUUUGUGAUGACAGAUUCGUGGGUGGUAUCAUGGGUUUUGAUCCUAUUGGGGAGAAGUUGCGGGCUUUGGAUCUUGUCUACCAGUUUCAUGGUUGAACCAUACACAGACAGGGUUGAAACAGAACAGAGGGUAUUUAAUGCAAGCUUCCUUCUUCUUCUUCUUCUUAUUAUUAUUAUAUUAAGGCAAUUGGGUUGUAUUGCCUUUAAAUUUAUUCAUUUUCUUCCUUUUUUAAUUCAUUUUUCCAAUCUUUUCUUUUUACUGUGUGUUGAUAGCAAGAAAAUUGAAAAAGAGUACGAGGAAAUUAGAAAACACCUUGAAUAAGCUUUUCUUUUUCA